AUGAAUACACCUGGAAAUAAUCAAAUGAUUGCCCCAACAAUUCAAACACAACUAGUGAAUGCUUGUGCAGUUGAGACCACAAAUGUUAUUCUAGCUGAUCUUGGAGAUAGGUGGUUCACUUUACUACUUGAUGAGGCUCGUGAUUGUUCAGUGAAAGAGCAAAUGGCAGUUGUUAUUAGAUAUGUGAACAAACAUGGAGAAGUGAUUGAACGAUUUAUGACUGUAGUUCAUGUUGCAACUACUACAACUGCUUGUUUGAAGGAGGCAAUCGACUCUUUAUUUGCUAAGUAUGGUUUGUCAGUGGCGAGAUUGAGGGGUCAAGGAUAUGAUGGUGCUUUAAAUAUCUCUGGAGAAUUUAAUGGCUUAAAGUCACUGAUAAUGAAAGAAAAUCCGUAUGCAUUAUAUGUUCAUUGUUUUGUUCAUCAACUUCAGCUAGUGGUUGUAGCCGUUGCUCAAGCAAAUCAAUAUGUUUGUGAUUUUAUGUGGAUUGUUGGUUCAGUUGUGAACACAUCUGCAUCAUCUUGCAAAAGGGCUGACAAACUUCGACAACUUGAACAUGACAAAAAAAUUAAACUUCUUGAAAGAGGAGAGAUUAGUUCUGAGGUUCUUCAAAAUUUGAUUAAUAAUGGUGAUCGUUCUUCUAAGGGUUUAAGUAGAACUUUGGUUGAAAAAAUGGAGAUGUAUGAAUUUGUGUUUAUUCUACUAUUGAUGAAACGUAUAUUAGUAAUCACAAAUCAUUUGUCAACUGUUCUACAAGAGAAAGAUCAAAAUAUUGUGAAUAUGAUGCGUUUGAUCAAUAAUGUGAAAGGCAAAUUGCAAAAGUUGAGAGAUUCUGGAUGCUGUAGUCGUUUGAAGAAAGAUGGAAAAAAUGUUAUCGAUAUUAUUCUACAUGAGAUGGAUAAUCGUUUCUCUGAAACAACUACAGAUUUGCUGAUUUAUAUGUCAUGCCUUGAUCCUAGGAACUCAUUCUCUAGAUUUGAUGUACAGAAGUUAGUACGUCUGACUCAUUUUUAUGAGGAUGAUUUUUCUUGGAAUGAGCGUAUGUUAGUUGAACAAGAGCUUGAAACAUAUAUUGAUGACGUCAGAUCAGAUGAACGGUUUGAAGGCAUUUCAGAUUUGGGAGCUCUUAAAAAGAAAAUGAUUGAAACAAUGAAGAACCGUGUGUUUCCUUUGAUUUAUCGGAUAAUUGAGCUAGCCUUACUUCUUUCAGUUGCUACUGCAACCGUUGAAAGGGUGUUUUCGGCAAUGAAUAUUGUCAAAACAUAUUUGCGAAACAGGAUUGGAGAUGAAUGA